AUGGCUAACUGUAUGGUUUUCCACACUCAAAUAGCCUCCAUCAUGGAGGUGUUAGCGAAUUCAGCCGUGGCAGAUAUUUGUAAACUCGUAGACGACGACUAUGCAGUGUUUCGUUUGGAAAUAACUCAAAGCCAGAAAGAAAACAGGGCAUUGCGGAGGAAACUACAGCUAAUGGAACUGAAGGUGGCACGGGAGCGCGCAGAGAGGACAAUCCGAGAGCGCGCCCUCGCCAGUCGUCCCAGUGGUGUUAAGAUCCUCGACGGAUACAGAGGAAUGGCAAGAGGUGAAGGACAUCUCACUGGUGUGGUCUCCAGUGAGAGCUUUGCGAAGCCAUCAGGACACAACACGUGGAGAGAUGACCAACCCGUAGCUGUUGAUGAGGGGAGUGGAACCUCAACCCAGCAUGUUAUCGUGAUUGAGGAGGAGGAGUGUCCAGAGGUGCUGCCGGUGAAGGAUGAGGGGUGUGAGAAGGGUCUGGGGAACCCUGAGGGGACCAUGGUCAUGGAGGACAACCAGACUACACCUCCUCCUGAACCCACAGAGGAACCAGCUGAGCAGCACAGGACCACACACAGUCACACUGAGUCAGUAGACAUGGAGGAUGGGAAGCCUGAUCUGCUGCUAGUCAAAGAGGAGACAAUAGAAGACGAACCAGAGAGCAUUGAUUUGCUGAGUGGAGUAAAGAUGGGGGAGCAAGGUGGUUGGCUGGAGGAUGACAGAGGAGACUGGGCGACCAUCUUGGAUUCACAGACCCAGACGGAUGCAGCUAAGGCCCCGCGGGACAACAUAGUGGAGGUCAGUGGAUGGGACAGCGUCCUCAACUCUGGGCUGGGGAACAACACUGUUAACCACAACCAGAAACAGACAGUCGAACACAAAACCACGUGUGAACUUAGUCUCCAUGACAACAGACUGGCUGAGACUAGGGUGAGGCGUAGAUUUGGUCUGCAGAGACGGGGAGGUGUCUCUAUUCGGCAGGAGAGAACAGAUACAGACUCUGCUAGUGAUGCUCCUUCCUGCUCCUAUAGUUGUGAUUCAGAGAGACUGAUGGCACCUCAGGUUAACCCCCUAACAGGUGCUGCCUUCAGCCUGCCUUCUAUAGCAUCUAUCAACUGGAACGUGGACCCUGUGACAACACAGACACUCCCUGGCUUUCAUCCUCCUCACACUCUCCUAAUGUUAAACCAGAACUCAGACGAUGCCAGUGCCUCAACACUAAAUGGCUACACAAGCCCAUUGACAAAUGACAGUAGUAGUGACGCUGUCAGUAGAUCCGGUGACAAGGAGAAGCGCUUCUCGUAUUCGUUCUGUGGGAAAGCCUUCAAUUUCCCCAAACAGGUGCAGCUCGACCAGAGGAUGCACAUGGGGGAGAAAUCGUUCGGCUGCCACCUGUGCCAUGCCAGUUUCUCCCGCUCGUUCAACCUGAAGAGGCACCAGAGGGUCCACACAGGGGAGAAAACCUACAGCUGCCCCCAGUGUGAGAAGCGGUUCUCCCACCAGCACCACCUGAAGAGGCACCAGAGGGUCCACACAGGGGAGAAAUCCUACAGCUGCCCCAGUGUGAGAAGAGGUUCUCCCACCAGUACCAUCUGAAGAUGCAUCUUAAGGUCCAUACGGGAGAAUGUUUGCCUGUACUCACUGCAGGAAGAGGUUCUCCGAGAGGAGCUACCUCAGGAUACACCAGCAGAAAAUGCACACAGCCCAUGUAUAGUGUAGUGACAUGUAGUAGUACUAGUUUGUUUGUUUGUAGUUAAUUCUGUUGGUUUUGGAUGUAUUAGGGAACUGGAUGAGGUGAACUGAGGAAAGAAUGAGUAUGAUGACAUAAACCCCACUGAUCUCAUGAGCCUUAUUAAUACAUACACCAGUCCUUAUUCCCAGUCCCCUCAUCACUAACUGCAAUGACUGCCUUUUUCCCUGGAUACCCUCGCUCCCCUCAAAACCUGCUCAGUCUCCUUCACCCACACUGCUCCCUGGUACACCCCCAAGCUACGGCAGUUAAAAGCCAGUGGACAUCUGCAAGAGGACUGGUCUAGUAGUUCAUUCCUCAAGCAUACACAGAUCACCUGUUAAAAUAGAAGAACACCCUCUCAGAUGCAAGAACAUCUUACUACUCUGACCUCAUCAACUCUGGUAAAAACGACCCAAAAGUCCUUUUCUCCACAGCGAACUGCCUACUUUAGCAUCCUGACAACUUCCCUGCAGACUCUUCCCCCAAACAGUGCAACAAGUUCCUGAAAAUCCAUGACAUUCACCAACACCUACUUACCAUGCACAGUACAACCUCAGCAUCACCAUAGAUAGUUUUUACGGUCCCUCUGUCAACACAAGUCAAAAGCCUUGUGGUCACUUUGGACCGAAACCCUCAUCCAUGCCCUCGUCACUUCCCGUUUGGACUAUUGCAACACUCUCCCUCCCAAACUCACCAACAGACUUCAACUGGUCCAGAACUAUGCUGCCAGAAUCCUCACCCAGAUCAACCGAUCACAUUAUACUAAUCCUCAUCAAUCUACACUGGAUCCCUGUGCAAUCCCGUAUUAACUUUAAGGCACUCCUCCUCAUCUACAAAGCCCCCCACAACCUGGCACCCACCCACCUCUCUGACCUUCACCCAGCACAUGCCCCCUCUGCUCCUCCUCUUUCCAUGUCACCCCCCCAUUCACAGGUCGAAUAGGGGGUGCUUAUAUUUGUCCUGUUUCACUGCAUGUAUUAGUGGUUAGCCAGUGUGAAAUGGAAAUGUGUUUUUUAAAUAUCCCAAAGCCCUCAGACACCCUGGAAGAAUGUCACGGGCAGGGAUCAGCCAUUGACGGCGAUACUGGAGCAAUCCGGGUUAAGCGCCUCGCUCAUGGGCACAUUGACAGAUUUUUAAUCUAGUCUGCUCAAGGGUUGGAACCAGCGACAUAUGCUGUAACUGGCCCAAUUCUCUUAAGCGCUAGGCUACCUGCCGCCUCUCCAUCAUGGUUGCCUGAACCUUCAACUGCUCUGCCCCAGGCUCUGGAAUGCACUCCCCCCAAACAUACAACAUGCAGAUGCAGUCAUCUCAUUCAAAAACAUCCUAAAAACACACCUCUUCAAGGAUGCCUAUAGCCUAUCAUUGACUCUGUCCUACCUAACCCCCCCCCCCCCG